UAUAAUAUAUAUUUGAAUUUCCUGUUAGCAUACUAAAAUCACAUUUUUUGAUUUUUUUGUGAGAUAAAUUAUUUGAAGUGAAGAUUUCAUUAGGUACUUGGAUUAUAAUAUAUAAUAUAAUUAAGUUAUCUAAUUGUAAUUUUGUUCUAGUCCGACAUGCACUGAGUGACCACAAUUAUUUUAAAUACCACGACGAUGACGAGGAUAUGAUGGAACAAAAUAUGGUCAUUGGGAGGCCGGGUGAAGACUUCCAUGAACAUCCAUCAUGUUCAUAUUCUCAAAUUGAGAACUCUGCCCCACUAAGUAAAGAUGUUACAGCAGUAGAUGAAGGUUCAUCAUCAUUGCCAAAACUCACUGCAGAAGCCGUUUUCCCACCAACUUCCUCACAUUCUGACCCUGUGGCCUCCGUCCCACAGAGUAAAGAUGGUGUAGCAGUAGACAAAGACUCAUCAUCAUUACCAAAAGUGAUUGAUGGCACUGUUCUUGAUGUUUCCUCGGAAGUCUCGGAACUAACAGAUGUGACAGCAGUAGAUGAAGGUCCAUCGUCAUUACCAAAACUCACUGCAGAAGCCGUUUUCCCACCAACUUCCUCACAUUCUGACACUGUGGCCUCCGUCCCACAAAGUAAAGAUGGUGUAGCAGUAGACAAAGACUCAUCAUCAUUACCAAAAGUGAUUGAUGGCACUGUUCUUGAUGUUUCCUCGGAAGUCUCGGAACUAACAGAAAUUGAACCAACAUCAGCUCAAUCAUUGCAACAGAAGAAAUCAACACGGAAACGUAAUACAGGUUCUGUUAUGAAGAAAUUAAGUUCAAAGGGAAGAAAAUUCGUCAACGACAUGAUAAGUAUUACGAAAUCAUGUAUGGGUGACACUGGCGGAGAAAGACUUUCACAAGCUAAAUCAUAUGGAGGUAACGAGCAAUUGUUUAAGAAUUUCGACCUACUUAACAAACAGGCACAGACGUUUCUGCUAAUGCAAUUGAAACUGUGUCGCAAAAACAAAAUGUCCCGAACGUUCACGAUGGAAGAAAAGCGUAUGGCUCUAUUGCUGAUGAAGCAAAGCCCAAAGGCGUACAAACUUUUGGAAACAAUGUUUGCUUUGCCCACUAAGAGGACUUUACACAGACUAUCUGAAAAAGUAAUAAUCAAACCAGGAAUUAACCGACAGUUAUUUUCUCACAUCCGAAAUACCGUGAAAAACUGGGGACAACAGCAAAAGUUAUGCUCAAUAGUAUUUGACGAAAUUGCUCUGACACCGUACUUAACAUACAAUGAAAGUAAUGAUCUAAUUCAUGGAUUUGUGGAUGUCGCUGGUGAAAGAAAAAUGAAGUUUUGUGAUCAUGCCCUUGUAUUUAUGAUAAGAGGCAUAUGUUCUUCAUGGCGGCAGUGCAUAUCAUAUUACUUCUGCGAAGGAACAACAUCUACAAACGAGAUGCAGGAAAUCUUAAAGCAAAUCGUGGCAGAAGUGGCUCAAACAGGACUUAUACCUUUAGGACUAGUUUGCGACCAAGGAUCGACCUUCAGAACUGCGAUCAAAAAAUUCCGAGAAGAGACAAUACGUUACCGUAACGACGAAGCCAACACAGAAGAUGAUGGCACAGUACACAUUGCUGGUCAUCAUUUAAGUGUAUUUUACGACCCGCCCCAUUUACUUAAAGGAUUAAGGAACAAUUUCCUUAACAAAAAUAUUAUUUGGGAAGGAAAGAGAGCAUCAUGGAAGGACAUUCAAUACAUAUAUGACAUUGAUAGCCGGCUGGGUCACACGAGGGCAUUACCAAAAUUAACGGCGCACCACGUAGAUCCCGAUAAAAUAAAAAAAAUGAAAGUCAGCGUGGCGGCGCAAGUUUUUAGUUCACGAACAGCGGCCAUGCUGAACUACACAGCUGCCCUUAACAAGCUUCAUAAUCCUGACUCAAGUGAUACUGAUACCAUGGAAGCGACAGCAGAGCUCAUUGAAUUUUUUGACACGUUGUUUGACAGCGUCAACGGCUCCCCUGGAGGCGCAACUAAAGGGAAACUGAGGAAAGCAGUGAAAAAAAAUUCAGCUCACCAUAAAUUUUGGUUGGAAGCCAUAGAAAAAUUAAAUAAAAUUCAAUACGAGGACGUGACCAGUAAAUUGGCUUUAAGGCAAGGAAAUCCUCGAUUGGUUCGAGUACCGUCACUAGAAGGAUGGGUAGUAACACUUAACAGUUUCAGUAGGAUAUCGAAGAUUUUGUUUGACGAAUUUGGUGUGGAAUAUUUUUACCCGCGAAAUAUAAACCAAGACCCACUGGAAAACUUUUUUGGGAGAGUGAGGGCUCUCAACUACAGAAAUGUUAAACCAAAUGCCUGUAGUUUUGUGCAUACUUUUAAGUCGUUACUUCUCUCUAAUAUAUUGAGCCCUCACUCUAAAUUUGCAAACUGUGAAGUGGAUAAUGGUGAGGUUUUAUUACAGAAAGAUUUUCUUUUUGAUGUAGAAGACCUAGAAGACCAUGAAGACAACAAAGAAAAUCAAUGUCCAAACAUAAUUUCCCGCCCAUCCACUUCACAGGUCUGUCCAAGUGAAUCUAAACUAGAUUACCAAAAACAUGGAUCAACUUUACAAAAAAUGAAAGUUGAAUGUUCAGCGUAUACAGCAGGGUAUCUAUGUAGAAAAAUCUCAAAAACAAUUAACUGCCAGCGCUGCUUAUCAACUUACAUAAGCAGCUCUAAAGAGGACCACCACGCCUAUAUACAAUUCAGAGAAUACAAAAGACUUAAAAAUACCUUACCACCAUUCUCGCCGGCCGUAGCUUGA